AUGGCAGACAGCAAGUUGUCCCAGUCGCCCUACGACAUUCCCUAUGAUGAGCUAGCCAACCCCAGACAGGUGUGGGUAGGAGAGCCCGGAAGCGAAGAGGAAGGAAAGGCAAAGCUCGGCAUGCUGACCCCAGAGGUGGUUCACGGGGCGGCAGCGUCCGAAAUUCGGACUGGCCGUCGCGUUACCAUGGGGUGGACAUUGACGGAAUUGGGGUAUCCCAAUCUCGGUCGACAGCCGUGUAAACAUCGAAUCGUGCCACUGCUAGACGGUUUGGCGUUCGAUGACUAUUACGAAUUCAAUCCGCAACAGAGUAGCCAAUGGGACGGGCUUCGACAUUUUUCCCAGACCGUUCCUGGACAGAGCGAGCGUGUCUUCUAUGGCGGUACAACAGCUGCCGAGAUCUACGAUCGGAAGAAUGACCGCAUCGGCAUGCAGCAUUGGGCCAAGGAAGGCAUUGCAGGCCGCGGCGUCUUGAUUGACUACGCCAGUUGGGCGAAGAAGAAAGGGAUCAAGUACAGCACCUUCUCGACCCAUCAAGUCCGCCUGUCGGAUAUACAGGAGAUUGCCAAAGAAUGCGAGAUUGAAUUCAAGAAGGGCGAUAUCCUAUUUGUGCGGAUUGGGGUUACCGAAGAAUGGGAUACUAUGACGGAGGCCCAGAAGCAAGAGUAUUCCAACAACAGCAAACCCUUACACGCCGGCGUGGAAGCCACCGAGGAUAUGCUGCGGUGGCUAUGGAAUGAGAAAUUCGCUGCGAUUGCCAGUGACGCUAUCAGUUGGGAGGUUUAUCCGCCUCAGUCCGAUAUUUUCCUGCAUGAGUACGUUCUGGCUGGAUGGGGAAUGCCAAUUGGCGAACUUUUCGAUCUGGAAGCUCUAGCUCGAAUGUGCAUUGAACACAAGCGCUGGAGCUUCUUCGUAGCGUCGAUUCCACUCAACAUGCCAGGGGUGCCCGCCACACCCAAAGCUCCUGAAGUGCUUGACCAGAGCAACAUCAGCAAGUUUCAGCACGCCUCGAUCGUGAUGGAUGUAUUUGAAACCAGAGGAUAG